GAGGGGGGGGAGAGGGCGUUGGAUAUGAGGCAGCGGUUUGUGGGGCAUUGCAACACAGGGACAGACAUCAAGCAGGCGUCGUUUCUGGGAGAUAGGGGAGAAUUCGUGGCGAGUGGGAGUGACGACGGGCGGUGGUUUGUGUGGGAGAAGAAAACUGGCAAAGUGGUGAAGAUGCUGACAGGGGACGAGCACGUGGUGAACUGCAUCCAGUGCCACCCCUUCGACUGCUGUGUCGCCACCAGCGGCAUCGACGACACCAUCAAGCUCUGGACGCCCCAUGCCCCAUCCGCUUCAAGGGUGGCAGCAGGGCUGGCAGGGCCUGAGCCGGCUGACAUCAUCCGGGUGAUAGUGGAGAACCAGCAGCGCAUGCGCCGCCCUAGAGAGUUCUUUGCGCCUAUGGAGCUUCUGCAGCGCUUGCAAAUGCACGACAAUGCGGGAUUUGAAUGUGCGCAGUCCUGAACGUGUUCACGUGUAUCUACCGUGCCCGUCUUUGUAUAGAGUUUGCAAAGACUAAAGCACUGUAUCAGCUUAGGCUUCGCUGCUCAGAGAAUUUCAAGCCCUUGCGACUCUACUCCAUUGUCUACGCCGAAGAAACUUAGUUUUAUGGUAUGGAUGUUUGAAGGAUUUGUACAGGUCGUUUAUCCUUGCUCUUCAGUUUUGUACCUAAAUAUUUGUC